AUUUGGCUUUAUUAAUAGUUCCCUGCAAUCUUCACUUACUCAAAUGCAACCUUGCUCUUACACAAAUUGAUGUUACAGUAAUCAAUGUAAGGCAAGGAUUAUGUAUUAGUUCACUACUUAUUCAUUGACACUUGAUAACCUGAUUUACUUUGCACAGAGCACAUGUAAUCAUUGUAUGGUCCAUCAACAAAUUUUAACAAUAACAAAUGGUUAUACUUGUUUUAUACACAAGCUUAUGUGUAGAUCUGGCCGUGCUUUUGUACUAUUGCACCUUUUGGAGACCGCCUUUGUUCAGUCAAAAUAUCCAUCCUUUGUGUAGUCUAUAUACUCUCCCUAGUGUACUAUAUACAAUGUAUGCAUCACCAAUGUUCUCUUCAACUAGAUGGCUCUCUUCUCCGAGACAAUCUCACAGACAAUUUUAGUGUAGGUACGCUUGAAAGGUCAGGGUAGACAUAGGAGUCCCUUUUCUGACCUGUUUCUCAUAGUGUUUAUUAAUGGAAGAGAUUUAGGCACAGCAAUCCACCAACAAAAUCCUCCACUGAACAGUUCUCACUCCUUAACUAUGACUGCGACCAAAAUACUUUAAAGGUACAGUGUGUAUGGAAUAUAGUUAUCAUUAUUAUGUUUUCAUUAGUGUAUCAUUUUUUACCUGUAACUAUGAAUCGUUCGAGCCCUUCGUGUCUACAUGGGGCAGGUUUUCUUCCGCAGAGUCCAUCAUUUUGCACCGCCAUGUUUCUAAGGUAGCCCAGAACAGACAAACCAAAACACUGGCUCGAGAUUGCUUGAUGGAUUCUUAAAAAGGCUAACUGCCUGCUUUUGAUUUCACAUUCAAAGUAGGCUAUAGGUUUUCGUUAGUUUAGAAUGAGCCCUUCGUAUAAGGAGCGGGUCCUCUUCCACACAGUCUGCCAUAUUUCUACAGAAGCCCAGAAUGGACAAACCAAAACACUGGCUCAACACCAACUUUUGCGUUGUUAUGGCAUCUGACAACCACCGUAGGUACUUACAUACGCUUGUAAAGGGAAAGGUAUUUAGCUGGUUGCAAUUCAGAAACCUCACCACUAGAUGCUACUAAAAACUACUCACUUUACCUUUAAAUAAACAAAUCCAAAUAGCACUCAGGUUUCCUAAGAAUCUAUGCAUUUUAAAUCUCAAAACUCUGUCUACAACAUAGAAGUCGACAAUUGUAAAAUUCAUGAAGUAUUAGACAAGUGAACCUCACCACAUAAAUAUGAUUUAAAACAGUUAACUGAUUAAUAUUUUAAGUGGCUUAUAGAGUAUAUAUCUCAUGGUACUGUUUGACACAUGUCCCAUUACUGUUUCCUAUUCGGAUCAAAGUUUAAGAAGAUAAUCCCUUAUUACAACAGCAGACCAAGAGUGUGGUUUGAGCCUGGUUUCCUCUUCACUCUCCAUUUCUUCAUUUCUGUGAACAGGAAGUAUUGUGUGUUUAGAUAAAAGGGGGGUUCGAAAAACUGACCUUUGUAGAUAAGCAUCCACGUAGUGGGAGCCAAGUUUUUUUCCCUAUUUUGACCUGCUCCCGUACAGAGCUUGGUUUGUUGCUGAUGUCAGUGAAUUGUAGAGGACUAAACGUGAUCGUCAACUGGCUGAACUACUUCCUUGCUUUUCUAAUCUCCUCUGGCAAGGAACGUCAAGCUACUGGUUGCACUCUGCCUUCUGGUUGAGGCUCGCAGCGCUGCAAAGCAUGUGUUUGGAACCUUAGCCCCUCAGCCCCUUGCUUUGGAUCGGUCAAAGCUGAUUGGUGUGAUGUGGAAGGCAGCCAUGUUGCUGUAGCGUGAUGCGGCUGUCCCUGAGGCGUGGCGCCACCUCUCUGCUCUGGCUGCUGUUCCUGGGGCUCCUGCUGAAGGUGCUCCAGUGGCUUCAGGACUGCUCCAGUGGGGCGCACGGAAGCAGCAAUGCCUACGUGCUGGUGCGGGACAGGCAAAAUAAGGUGCACGGUUACAACCACAGCUCGCCGCUGGUGUUUGUGGGUGGAGUGCCGCGCUCUGGCACCACCCUGAUGAGAGUCAUGCUGGACGCCCAUCCGGAUAUCCGUUGUGGGGAGGAGACGCGCGUCAUCCCCAGGCUCCUGGGCCUGAGGCAGGGUUGGGCAGUGGACCGAGGGGAGAGGCAGCGUCUAGAAGAGGCGGGAAUUACCCAAGAAAUACUUGACACCGCGGUAGCGGCCUUCCUACUGGAGGUCAUCGCCCGCCAUGGAGAGCCGGCCCCGUUGCUAUGCAACAAGGACCCUUUCACCCUGAAGAGCGCCGUCUAUCUUUCUCAGCUCUUUCCAAACUCCAAGUUCAUACUGAUGUUGCGGGACGGCCGGGCUACCGUGCACUCCAUGAUCUCUCGCCGGGUCACCAUCUCCGGCUUCAACCUGUCCAGCUACAGGGACUGCCUGACCAAGUGGAACCGGGCGGUGCAGAGCAUGUUCUCCCAGUGCUCGCAGGUCGGUUCCCACCGCUGCCUGGAGGUGCACUACGAGGACCUGGUGCUCCACCCGCGUGCUACCCUCCAGCGAGUGCUCAACUUCCUGGAGAUCGAGUGGCAUGAAGGGGUCCUUCAUCACGAGGAGGCCAUAGGCCAGCCAGGCGGUGUGUCCUUAUCACGCAUUGAGCGCUCCACGGAUCAGGUGAUAAAACCGGUUAACCUGGAAGCUCUGACUCGCUGGGUUGGACACAUUCCAGAAGAUGUCUUGGCCGACAUGAAAAGCAUCGCACCCAUGCUCAGGAGGCUGGGCUACGAUCCAAGCGCCAAUCCCCCCAAAUAUGGCAAGCCAGAUGCCGUAGUGAUCAACAACACAGAUCGGGUGCUAAAGGGAGACUUCAAAAUCCCAUCAAGUCUGAAAGGCCAACCACAACAGGUACACUUUAAUGGGACUGUCCCAGGGAGGUGAAAGAGAAUGUGGGCCAGGUCAUAGCUGUGCACGGAGUAACAGACUGACAAAAUAGUCUACAGCGGGGAGGAAAACAUCACGCCACGCAAGACCAUCCGUUCAGAGUCCAACGGAGACCAACUGUUAUGCCAAUUAGAGAUCGGCCUACUUAAAGGCAGCUUACCUGCUGUUCAUGUGCAUGUGAUUGCAAGAAAUCUUUUAAAUAAAUCUGUUCACCUGAAAUGUGA